GCUUUGUCAUAAAACAGACCAGAGGGAAAACUCCAUAGUUCCGGAUUCUUUCCCUGGGAAGUAAAUCCUUUGGACUUCUUGGACAUUUAAACUUUACCAUUGACUUUUGAACUAUCCGGUUUAUUAUGUUAAAAGGGUAAUUUUUUUUGUGGGUAAGACUUGUCCCAUUCAAAAAAAAACAGAAAUGUCGUGUAUACAUUACAAAUUUUCUUCUAAACUGAACUAUGACACGGUCACUUUCGAUGGGCUUCACAUUUCCUUGAGUGAUCUAAAGAAGACUAUCAUGGCCCGAGAGAAGCUGAAGGCAGCAGACUGCGAUUUACAGAUCACCAAUGCACAGACCAAGGAAGAAUAUACAGAUGAUAAUGCUCUAAUACCCAAGAAUUCAUCUGUCAUUAUAAAAAGAAUUCCCAUUGGAGGUGUGAAAUCUGCUGGCAAAUCAUUUGUCAUAGAUCGUUCUGAACCAACAAGUGGGACAUCGAAAGCAUUUUAUCCCUUUGCUCACGGAAACAGCAGGGAAAGGCAAGAGAAAGAGGUGUCAGACCUAGUUGCCAGACUGCAGGGAAAGCUGAACGAGAUUGAUGACUCUGGAACCUCUAUCUCACUGGCCCAGCUUACAAAGACGGCCAAUCUGGCUGAAGCUAACGCCUCAGAGGAAGAUAAAAUUAAGGCAAUGAUGACUCAGUCUGGUCAAGAAUAUGAUCCAGUCAACUACAUGAAGAAACCUUUGGGUCCUCCACCUCCAACAUAUACUUGUUUUCGUUGUGGAAAACCUGGCCAUUACAUUAAAAACUGCCCAACAAAUGGGGACAAAAAUUUUGAAGCUGUGCCAAGGAUUAAGAAGAGCACGGGCAUUCCCCGCAGCUUCAUGGUGGAAGUUGAUGAUCCAAAUAUGAAGGGUGCAAUGCUUACCAACACUGGGAAAUAUGCCAUACCCACAAUUGAUGCAGAAGCAUAUGCACAAGGCAAGAAGGAAAAACCACCGUUCUUGCCAGAGGAGCCUUCAUCAUCAUCUGAAGAGGAAGAUCCAAUUCCUGAUGAAUUGUUGUGCCUUAUCUGCAAAGAUCUCAUGAUGGAUGCUGUUGUCAUACCAUGCUGUGGAAACAGUUACUGUGAUGACUGUAUCAGAACAUCACUGCUGGAGUCUGAGGAACACACCUGCCCUACCUGCCACCAAACAGAUGUUUCUCCUGAUGCUCUAAUUGCAAACAAAUUUUUAAGACAGGCUGUCAACAACUUCAAAAAUGAAACUGGCUAUACAAAAAGAAGUCGUAAACAGCUGACCCAGCAGCAGCAACGGCUAUCUUCUCAUCAAUUGCAAAAUCAGCAGCCCAGCUUGAGGCCAUUGCCUCCCAUCAACCCUCAGCCCGUUCUGCCCUUAACCAGAGCAGCCAUCUCAAAGUCAGCAGAUGUGCCAGUCACCAAUGCUCCUGCACCUGGGCACGUUUCUGUCCCAGUUGCCCUUCCAAGUGCAGCUUCUGCCCCUGCACGUGCUCCUUCUCCUGUGAAAGUGAAUCGAGAUUCCUCUGCUGCUAGCAUCCCUGCUCCAGAUGUGUUGACAGCUGUUGUUCAUGUUCAUCAGUUACCUUCAAAACAUGAGGAAGGAGAUAUUCUUGAAAUUGGCAAAUCAACUGUGACUGUUACUUCUGGAAUAACGACUGCCAAUCCGUCCAUGCCCACAAGCAGCACCUCUGCACUUAAGGGUUAUCAGGUUCCUGUUCUCGGUCAUCCUGCUUCACAUGGACAAUCCAUACCUACGACAGGUCAGCCAAUGAGAACGAGUGGUGUUCGACCACCAGGAAACAGAUCAGGCUGGGAAGUACCAUCCAACAGAGGGCAUCAGAGUGAUCGGGUUCCAAGAAGUCGGACACAGGGAAUUGCAAACCCUCCCCCUGUCUACGUGCCUCCCCCAACCCUGUAUCCGCCUCCACCUCACCCAGUUCCUCUUCCUCCAGGGGUGCCUCCCCCUCAAUUUCCUCCACAGUUUCCUCCAGGCCAACCACCACCUACAGGAUUUAGUGUCCCUCCCCCUGGAUUCCCUCCAGCACAGGCCACGUUAUCUGCCCCAUGGGUACCUCCAGCUACUCCAACAGCUCCUGCCAGUGUCAUACCAACUGUCACACAAGCACCUCCACUGUCCAGGGAGGAGUUCUACAGGGAGCAGCGGCGACUAAAGGAAGAAGAGAAGAAAAAGUCGAAACUUGAUGAGUUCACCAAUGAUUUUGCUAAAGAGUUAAUGGAGUACAGAAAAAUCCAAAAGGAACGCAGACGCUCCUACUCCAGGUCCCGGUCACGUUCAUAUAGUGGAUCGUCAUUCAGUGGUAGCUCUUACUCUUAUUCCAAGUCGAGAUCUCAUUCCUCACGAUCUUAUUCUCGAUCAGUCAGUCGAUCCCCAAGUCGUUCCUACUCAAGGUCACCUUCAUAUCGAAGAGGCGGUGGGAAGAGUAGAGGUUAUCGAUCAAGAUCCAGGUCUCGUGGAUUUCAUAGGUCCAGGUCCAGGUCACCAUCUUACAGAGGAUAUCGCUCCCGUUCCCGAUCUCCAAAUUACAAGCCCCAUUCUCCUUACAAAAGAAGUAUCCCACAGGGUGAAAACGAUCGUGAAUAUUAUGAUCGUUACAGAGAACCACCACCACCAUUUGACUACAGAGAACUUUAUGAUAGACCUCGUGAUCCAAGAGAUUCUUACGAAAGGGAGCGGUACAGAGAAUGGGAGAGGCGAUGCAGAGCAUGGUAUGAAUAUUAUAAAGGGUACAAUGGUGGUAAUCAACCACGACCUCGUUCUCCCACAAAUAAGGACCAUUUCUCUCCUGAGCGCUUUGUUCCACCUGGCACUAGGCGCGACAAUUCACCUCACACUCGGGGCCGCAGGGACGAAUAUCCAACGGAACAGUUACCUCGGCGUAAUGUAGGAGGUGCCAGCAGUUAUACUGAAAAGUACUCUUACAGAGAGAGUCACUCUGUAAAGGAACUGAGGGGGUCAAAGGAAAAAGAAGCAAUGAGCCUUCGCCCUGACUCAAAAGGUGCAAAGCACAAAAAACACAGGAAGAGGAAAAAGGAUGAAACUGAGCCAGUCAGUAACCUAGAGUCUUCUCGGGAUGGGAAAAAGGCUGUGGAGACUGUUGGUGAAGACAGCAAAGGGUCUUCCUUGUUUCUGCCUCCCAGCAGAGAUGAUGCCACGCCUGUGAGAGAUGAGCCCAUGGAAGGAGACUCAGUUGCUUAUAAGACUGCAUCUGACAAAGACAGGAAAGAAAAAUCAAAAUCAAAAACAGAAAAGCUGAAGCGGAAAGCAGAGAGUAGCGUGCUGAAAAAGGAAUCCUCUGGGAAAACCACAAAGGCACCGCAAGAGAAGCCUCUGGAGAAAGAGCGGGAUAAAUCACCCCAUAAUGAGCCUGGCAUGAAGAAAAAUAGGGAGGAAUGUCCUCCCAAGAUUGAGGGUGUGAAAAUCCACCCCCUGCCAAAAAGUGAAAAGUUCUUCCUGCCAAGGAAGCUGCAGCUCAAAAUGGGCCGGGAAUACAAAGAAACAAAAACUGCAAAGGAGGAAAAGCAAAGGAAGGAUUAUCCCAGGGAGGAAACGAAACAUGAGAAGCAUGAGAAAACUGUCAGCAGGGAUGAAAAAUUGAAAAGGACAGUCAAAGCAGAUGAUAAGCCUGGUAAAGCAGAGGCAAAAGCUGACAAGCGUAAGAGGAAAAGUGAUGAAAAGGUGACCGACAGAGAGCUUGGAACACCUCCAACUAAAUCAUCAAAAGUGGAAAUACCAGAGGCAGCAAAACCCUCAGUGAAACCCAAGUCUUCAUCUGGUACUGAGAAAGCAACAGAAAAUCUUGUAGAAUUAUCUUGUGAAAAUGAGAAGGUCACUCCAUCAAAUCUCCCAGUGAGGAAGAUCAAAAUAAACAGGGAAAGUGGCAAAAAGAUUCUGAGUGGGGAAUCCCCAGCUGCUCAGGAGGAGGUGUCAGAGUUAUCGGAAGUAAACGGUGGAAAAUCCAAAUCAGACAAAGCGAGAACCAAGGCAAAGAGGAAAGUGACUGGGAACGAGACAGCUGGUUCAGUCCUGGUAGAUUAUACAAGCACCAGUUCUGCUGGAGGGAGCCCCAUUAGGAAAGCUGAAGAGAAGUUGGAUGCAAAGAAGACAGUGAUCAAGACUAUGGAGGAGUACAACAGUGAUACCAGGCCCCCAGCUGAAGAUGAAAUUGUCAUUGUCCAAGUCCCUCGGUCCAAGUGGGAGAAGGAGGAUUACGAGACAGAUGAAGACGAAGGAAGGGCAGCAGCAGUUGCGGCUGCACUGAAUGUUGGGAAACCCACCAGUUCUGGGCAAGGUGUGAAGCCUGCAAACCCAGCAAAGCAAACUGAGAAAGAUGCUGCUGUUGCUGAGAGAGCUCCAAAAACUACUAAAGAGCUGCAUGUGGAGGAAGCUCAGCAGGAGGCCAAAACCCCAGGUAAAAGCUCUGUGCUCAAUGAGAAAUCUACAAAGACCAAAGAUAAGGAGCAUGGUAUGUCAGACAGAGAGAUUUUGGAGAAGAAGAAAGCAGCCAUUCAGCCGGACAAGCCAACAGUUGCUGAGAGGGAUAUUGAGGCAGCAAAUGGAAAGAAUCUGCCUACAAAAGAGCGGCAGGCUGAAAAACUGGAGUCGGGUAGCCGAGGUACCUCAAACAAAGACUUGCUUGCUAAUGUUGAUAGCAGCAACAGGCAUGGCCCAACCAACAAACAGAGAGAGGAGAGAAGCCGAGAUACAAGGAGGCGAGACUCCCCCAGCAAGGACGAAGAGCUGAUACAUGGUCAAAAGGGAAGAGAACAACACACAGAGAGCAGAAGAGGCAGUACUGAGCCCAGGAAAAUCGAUCACAAUUCUGAGAAAGACAGGAAGCCACAGAUGGAUCACAGAAGUGGAUCAGAGUCCAGAAGUGGCACUGAAGAGGUAAAAUCUAUUUCUUCCAGCCGAGGCAAGGAGAAACACAUCUUGGAAACCAGGAGCAAUAAAGACAGGCAAGUAAGUGGGAGUAAGGUGCCUCCUCAGACUGAAGGAUCAGCCGAAAAGAACGAGCAGGAGCUUUCUGUGGGGCGGGGGGACAAAGAUCACAGCCGUUCCAGACCCCCAGGAUCCCUCAACCGCUCAUCCCGGAUGACCCGCCAUUCCUUAGAUAUGGCCAGGGAAACGGAUGAGGCUGCUUUUGAACCAGAUUACAGUGAGAGUGACAGUGAAACCGAAGCUGAGCAUCCACUAAAGGAUGGAAAGGAUGUGAAAGAAGCCACAGGUGAAGAGAGAGAGGUCAAGGGUGUGUCUACAGGCUCCAGGAACAGUGCGACUAAAAGCCAUACCCAGAGCAGCCCAAGCCCCAGCUGUAGUCGCAGCCACAGCCCAAGUGAAAGUCAGACACGCAGUCACAGCAGCAGUGCCAGCUCAGAGGACACACAGGACAGCAAAAAGAAAAAGAAAAAAAAAGAGAAAAAGAAGCACAAGAAGCACAAGAAGCACAAAAAGCACAAGAAGCAUCUUGGGGUUGACUUGGAGCCAGACAAAACUCAGAAACACAAACACAAAAAGAAAAAGUCCAAAAAAAGCAAAGACAAAGAUAAGGACAAAGACAGUGACCAAAAGGUCCGAUCAUCUGUCAUUGUACGAACAGCAGAAACGGAUUAGACAGAUGUCUGGAAUGUUUGGUCAUACUUUCCAACAAGUACUUUGGAAGCUUUGUAAAUAUUCACUCAGACAUCGCUAUUCUGCGCUGAGUCUACUGAACUGCAAUUCUGGAGAUUUUGUUUUCUGUAAUAUUGAAGGUUUAUAAAUUAGCAGUUUUUGUACAGAAUUAUGUUUGACCUGAGAAUGGUCAGAUUAUGCUGCAGCAUUUUUAAGUGAACUAUCAGACCACACUGGGAACUACUGUGAAAUUUUCACUGAACUUUUUUUUUAAUAGCUGUGUAUACAAGCUGACAGUGUAAUUAAUGUAAAUGUUUUGCUUGAUGAUUUGCAGUACAAAGCCUCACUGUGUCAUCUUUUGACUGA